AUGCAAGACAGUCUUGGAAGGUGUGGAUUCCAUGCCGUGGAAUUCGGAUUCCAAAUUCUGGAUACCGGAUCCUUUUUAAGUGGCACUUGUGUUCUGGAAUCCAAUCGUUUGAGGGAUUCCGGAGUACUGGUUCUGUAUUCCGGAUUGCACCAACAAAAAUUUCCCAGAUUCUGGAAUCUGGAUUCCCUUAAAAAGGGCGACAUUUUGGUUAAUACUGUGAACUUUUUCACUCCAACAGUGAUGGACAUGUCAAUUCUCCUUGCUAUUUCUAACAGUUCUGUUUAUAAUGCCAAGCUACUUAAUCGUAACAUGGUCUUUCUUAUUCCAACCACCCUUCCAGCUCGAAAGGUUCGUAUUGAAAUCACAAGGACAAAUAGCAAGGAAAAAGAGCAUUUCUCAAAUCUCUCCAAACGAUGAAAAAUUCUGAGUGAAACUGAUGGAAAAAACCGUCAAACUUAUAAAACACUACAGUGAAAUUGUUGUCUGUGGCUUUCCGAUUACCGUGAAAGUAUUUUAGAAUCCACAAAAUCUUUUGAAAAAAGAUUAAUGUAGAAAAACCCAAGGCCCUUUGUACAAAAUAAAUCUAAAUUUGCAGAAACUUUUUCUAGGAAUUUUAGGUUAUUGUUUUGGAGGAAUUUUCCUACAUUGUAAGGUGAACGAGGAUGAUUUGACAGUUCACCAAAUGUUUUAGAUAAAUAAUGGAUUCAGAACUGAAUGUAGCAACCUCCAGUCCGUAGGAGUUGGACGGCUUUUUGUCUCGGUAAACCAACAAACAAAACCAUUUGUGUCGUGAAUAAUUUCUCAGUUUGAGAGUCUAAGUAUUUUUACCGGCAUGAAGAAAUCUAUGAAUAUCACAAUGUGUAACAAAUUAACAGUAUAAUUUAGUGCUUAAUUCUUGUCUUCUGUUCUUCAGGAAAAAUUACGAGAGAAGCGAAAAUCGAUCUUGGUGUUACUGCAGUAUUGAGUGUGGGUUUUACAAGAAGAAAACCAAAUGUAAGGGUUAAUAACCCAAUUCAUGGUAGUUAUUGGUUGCCUUGGAUACCACUGUUAAAUAGAAAUUAACGCUUGUCCACUAAAACGAUCUCAGAAGUCUUUGCGCUGAAAGCUUGUACCCAUUCUUCCUGCAGCUUUUUGA